CUGUGCGUUUUGCUUUUCUUGUCCUUGAAGCCAGAAAUUUGUUUUAUGAUUUUAUUUUAUCCCCCGAGGCCCGAACCGCUUUGUGAAAAGGAUUUCCUACCGAGACCCCAAAGAAACCCCGACCACCGAGUAACCGGCAAAACCUGUAAACCGUCCUCGAGUAAAACUUCAACGGAGCCCCGACCAAAUCCCCCGGCGACUAAGAUGGAGAUAGAUCCCCCGGAACAAGCUCAGCUCCCGCAGAUCAAAGACAAAGACCUCUUCAAAUCUGCCGAGACCGGCGAUUGUUCAAUACUCCACUCGCUCUCGCCUCUGCAGCUCUCCAAAGCUCUAUCGCUUCGAAACGAUGACGGCCGCUCCCUGCUCCAUGUAGCCUCCUCGUCCGGCCACACUGAGGUGGUGAAGCUUUUGUCCGAAGUUGAAGCAUCCAGCGGUGUGGUGAACAGCAAGGACGAUGAAGGUUGGGCGCCGAUACACUCGGCCGCUAGCAUUGGGAGUGUGCCGAUUGUGGAGAUUUUGCUGAGCAAAGGCGCGGAUGUCAACUUGAAAAAUAAUGGGGGACGCACAGCUCUUCACUAUGCUGCGAGCAAAGGUUGGUUGGAGAUUGCUGAACUUUUGAUUUCACAUGGUGCAAAGAUCAACUCCAAGGACAAGGUAGGAUGUACACCAUUGCAUCGAGCAGCGAGUACAGGGAGGGCCGAGUUGUGUGAACUCUUAGUCGAGGAAGGAGCAGAGGUAGAUGCUGUUGACGGAGUUGGUCAAACCCCUCUUAUGAACGCAGUGAUUUGUGAGAACAAAGAGGUGGCUUUUCUACUCAUAAGACAUGGAGCAGAUGUGGAUGUGGAGGACAAAGAAGGAUACACAGUGCUUGGCCGAGCUUCUCGUGAUUUAAGGCCGACCCUCAUCGAUGCUGCCAAAGUCAUGCUUGAAGGAUGAUUCUUUGGUCAUUGGAUUAACUUAGAUUUGGAACUGAGGUUAGUUUUCUUGGUUACAGUGUUCCAAGGACAUAUUUUUGAUGGAUGGUUCUCAGUUAGGUUUCUUGAGCAUUAGUAGUUAACUUUUUUAAGAUCCUGGUGAGGUCAGCGUUAAUGGUGACACCAAUGUUCGUGCUGCUUGUUUUGGGGUUGUGAUUAACAGUUUUUUCCCACUCUACUUGUGACAUUACUUCCCCCCUUAAAAGAUGGCAGUUAGACAUCAAACCUUUGCCCCUUGAGUCACUGGCUCUUUGGUAGUUGAUGAAUAUAAUUGGAUCCUUUUCAUAUUUUACAUGCUAUAUGUUCAAACCACCGAAUGGAGUGAAAUAGCCGAACACUCAAUAGACUUCAUCUCAUCAC